CUACAUCGAUCUUCAUUGGCAAAGUCUGCUCCGAAGCAUCUCGUUGCCGUCGCCAGUUCCCCUGGUCAAUGCAGCGCGGAGCCUCGUAUUGCAUCCAAUGAAGUCGCCGGUAUCAUACGUCUGCCAAUGGAACAGGUCUUGAUGCCUUACACGACGUCCGAUGGCUUGGACCAACAAGCCCAGCACUGCGCCCACUGUCACACGAAUAUUACUCCCAGCUGCUGUUGGUUCACCACAAAUGCUCUGCUUGCACCUCGCACCCAGCGUUGGACCAGAGUAUAAGAAUAGACGGAGAACAAUGGGAGCAGGCUCGCUUUCGAGGCGUCGCUCUUAUGAUAUCUCCUAGCACAUUGCCUAGUGUCGAGUCCGAGCGAGCCCAGUUCUAUCCUCAGUGGUGAAAUCAUCGAAGUCCGCGCUCAAUCAACACCCUCAAGAUGACCGAGAAGCCCACCCCUGUUCCCACAUACGAGAACAUGCAAGAGCUCAACCAACCGAGCGUCAACCAGCCCCCUCCGGCAUAUGCGCAGCCUCCGAUGGAAACAAUUACUCCUCCACCCCAGCCCCGCGAGCCCUCGUCGCAGAACUUCUACGCGGGAACACAGACACACAACACGAGCGGUUACAAUAAUGCUACCCCCCUGCAUGCGCUUCAGCGUGGCCCAGCGCCCGUGGACUGUCCAAGUUGUGGCAGUCGUGAGAUGACGCGAGUGGUAGCGGAGGCGGGCAAUACCACACAUGCAUGGGCCGCGGUGACUUGCAUCUGCUGCUGCCUGGGAUGUAUUCCCUAUCUGAUGUCGUCGCUCAAGGAUGUGCACCACUACUGCGGAAAAUGUGGUGCAUUGCUGGCGACCUGGCACAAUAGCGGACGGACGGAUGUGCAUCAACACAACUGA